AAAACAAAAAACUUUUUUUUUUAAAGUUCUGUACUCUUUCUCCCUUUAUUACUACAUUAGUGUUCGUACACAGAAGCUCAGAUUUAGGAUUUUUGACCUAUAAGAUUAAUAAAUAUAGUCCAUUUUCAAAAUUUAAGGAAAAAAUAAAGGGAAUUUUUUUUUAAGCUUCAAAGUCUGGCUCUUUAAGUUGUGUACUUUCUCUCUCCAGUUAAAAAAUAUUCCGGGAAAAUCCGAAUGGAAUUAGUAUUUUCCUCCCAGCCAAUCAGUCUCUGAAAAAGGGAGUUUCGAUUCUCGAAUGGAGGAGGGACAAACAGUCCUCAUUCCUUCCGAACCCUAAAAAGUGUCUUAAAUCUUCUCAAAUACCCAACCCAUUUCUACUAAUGGAUUCUCGCCGGGCUCCGCGUACUGUGAUCGAUCCAAAGAUUCGCCAAGUAGGGUUUUUUGCCCCACCCGAUAGAACCAAUUCGGGUCAGACCGAACCCAUUUUAUCUUCCCCUUCUUCUCCUCCAGUUGCCGAAAUCUCCCCCUCCGGUAACUCACUUUCUCCGGUCAUGAUCCCUCCGCCGCGUCACUCUAGUGACAACCGUACGGUUCCGUUCGUCCCAAAUCCCGCUUCCCCCCUCCGCCGAGAAUCCAUCGCCGCUGGCAGUAGCUAUAACCCGUCGGAUUUCUUUCCCGCUACUAUGUCUCCGACAGCGUCGUCUUCUUUCGCUGGUAGAGUUGGAGUGAGCUACGGCGAGUUCGCGGACGACGUCGUUUCGUUGUCGCCUGGUCGAGCUGUCAGGGGCAGCUCGGUUAAAGCGUCUGCUGCUUCUUCUUUACCUAGUGGAGGAUUCGAUCUGACGGCACUUAGGGCAAGCAGUGUUCCGGCGAGUGAGCUGACAACGGUGUCCACCGUCGAAAAGUUGCCACCUGGUAUUCCUGAUAAAGUUGGAGGAGCAUCAGGUGGAGCGCAAAAUGAACGACCUCCAAAUUCAAAGCCAGCAAAAGAGAAAAGCACAAAAGCUGAAAGACGUGCCCUUCAAGAGGCCCAACGAGCUGCAAAAGCUGCUGCUAAAACUGACGGAGGCAAGAUACCUGCUGCUGCUUCGGCAGUGAGUGCGAAACCAGCUAAAACCACAAAGGCCCCUUCACAAAAGAAUGACAAUGUUUUGGUGGCAGCCACUGAAAAGAAGGUUGGUGAUCGUCAGCCAGAAAAGGAUAGAAAGAAAGAUGUGCCUCAACCACGCAUGCAGUAUGAUGACAAGAGCCGGGUGGAAAAGGCAAAAAGACGCGCAAUGGUGAACCAAACUGAGGCUACUAACAGAGUUGAGUUAUUCAGGCAUUUGCCUCAAUAUGAACAUGGAACUCAACUUCCUGAUCUUGAAUCAAAGUAUUUCCAACUUGGCCCCGUGCAUCCUGCUGUUUACAAGGUUGGGUUGCAGUAUUUAUCAGGAGAUAUUUCUGGUGGCAAUGCUCGAUGUAUUGCAAUGCUUGAAGCAUUUCAAGAGGCAAUUAGAGACUAUUCCACACCUCCUGAAAAGAAUCUUAAUAGAGAUUUGACAGCAAAAAUAAGUAGUUAUGUAUCAUUUCUUAUUGAGUGCAGGCCCUUGUCCAUCAGCAUGGGAAAUGCAAUUCGAUUUCUUAAAAGCCUUGUCGCAAAGUUACCUCUAACCCUCUCUGAGUCAGAAGCGAAAACAUUACUUCUGUCAGAUAUUGAUCGUUUCAUAAGUGAGAAAAUUAUUCUGGCUGAUAAGGUGAUAGUCAAACAUGCUGUUACCAAAAUCAGAGAUGGCGAUGUUCUUCUCACAUAUGGCUCCUCAUCUGCAGUUGAAAUGAUACUACAACAUGCACAUGAGCUUGGUAGACAGUUCAGAGUUGUAGUAGUGGACUCUCGUCCAAAACUUGAAGGCCAACUCUUACUUCGUAGGUUGGUGGAAAAGGGCCUUAACUGUACUUACACUAAUAUAAAUGCUGUAUCUUAUAUCAUGCAUGAAGUUACUCGAGUGUUCCUGGGUGCUUCAUCAGUAUUAUGUAAUGGAACAGUAUACUCCAGAGUUGGGACUGCAUGUGUUGCUAUGGUUGCUCAUGCAUUUCGUGUACCAGUUUUAGUGUGUUGUGAGGCGUAUAAAUUUCAUGAAAGGGUUCAGCUAGAUUCUAUAUGCUCUAAUGAGCUCGGUGAUCCGGAUGCCAUCUCCAAGGUUCCUGGUAAAGAGGAAACCAUUGAUUUGGAUGACUGCGCAAAGAGUGAAAAAUUACAACAUCUGAAUCUGAUAUACGAUGCCACACCUUCAGAUUACAUAUCAAUGAUCAUCACGGACUAUGGCAUGGUGCCACCAACCAGCGUGCCUGUCAUUGUUCGCGAAUAUCGAAAAGAACACUUGUGGAUUUAAGUCCUUGUGACGUGAAUCAAGGAGGCCCUCCAAAUUUUGUGUGCAAUGCUGGAAAUGAAUGUCAGCAUUCUAAUAAGACUAGAGAAGUUUUUGUUGCUUGAUUUCUUCUCUAGUUUCUCAUCAUUUUGGAAUAAUGGUACUUGCCUUGGCAAGUUUUUGAUGUUCUGUAUUUGUAAUUUUAGUCCUGACUCAGUGAAGAGUGCAAUAUUUUCGCCUCUCCGGGCAGAUUCAGCUGUGCAUUUUUGAAAUAACUUUUUUCUUUCGUUUUUAUUUUGUUCGCUGAUUUGAGGUUGGGGACUGGUGUUGUACUUGAAUUUUGACGUAGAAUUUUUUUAUUCUGAAAAGAAAAAAUUGCAUGCUUUAAUUAAUGAAUUAUGAUUCAGUUCAA